AUGCUAGGUUUCAUUGAUUUGAGGCUGACAAAGUACCAAGUACCAAGGGUGCAGAGUUUUGUGUCGGUGGGGUCUCGAAGAUAUCUUGAGUGGUAUAACCUGGAUUCUCUCAGUACUCUUGCACGAUACUGGCUGUUCAUGCAAUUGCAAUUUACAGAGAAAACACACAUCAAUCUGCUGAACCUUUUAGACGGAGCCAGUGUUGCCUUAGAAACGACGAUUCGUGCCACAAAUAAUCAAGCUUACCCAGAAUAUUUGGCUGGUAUAGAAAACAGAUCAUCCGACGUGGCCGAUCAAUUAAAGCAGUACAUGACCCCUUCAUGUUACAGCGAAACGGCGUUGCAGGUCAAGAAAAACUACUUGCAUCGCAACUUUCACGUCGAAUGUGAAGAUAUGAAAAUUGAAAAGACGCAACUUGCUUGCAUCAUGUACCACCGUUUGACAGAGAAAAAAUACCAAGAGUGGAUACAUUUCACAAAGUUCUAUACAGGAGCAAAUUCUUCCAAUGCUUUGAUCGAGUAUUUGCAACUCGGUGUGGACGUUGCAACUGUGGAAGACUUGACGGUUGUGCAUUGUGCGGAAAGAACACGUCAAAUACAGCACAAAAAUGUAUACCGAGUGGUACUUGAGUCGCGUGUUACGAACCUGGAUGAAGUCGAUUGGCGUAUCGAGAGUACGUGUCUCAUCGAACAAAUAGAAUUAUCACGUCCUCAAGAAAUAUCGGAACGACAAGAAAGCUAA